AAAAACCUCUCCUCGCAAAACCCGUCUACAAUUUUCCUCGAAAAAGGGCAAAAAAAAUUGUUCCUAAUACAAAAUUUUCUUCAAAUUCCACUGCGUUUAAGUUCAUAGAUUUAUACAAACACAUACAUUGCGCAGAUGGCUUCUUUUUGUGCGUAUCCCGCCAUGGAAGCUCUUCCGAGCUCCGUUCGCAUGCCCAAAUUUCCACAGAAUUCUUCAGCAGCUAUUCAUUCUAUCAAAAUAACAAGCAAUAAGCAUUGUGUGUGUGUACGAAUUGUUCUGGGUUUUCAUAAAACGACAGGAUCUCAUGUCCUGGCGCUUGCACGUGAAAUAUCUGAGGAUGGCGGUGAAGAAGAAGACUUCCUUUUGAAUAAUCAUAAUGGUGGAUUUAGUUUAGCUUCUGAAGAGACUCUAUUUUCAUCUCAGCUUUGUUGUGAUGGCCUCUCUCAUAUUCUGAAGGGCAAUACAGAUACCAAACAAAGUGCUGAAAACAAAAUAGAAAGCACUUCAAAUAUGACUCUCAUGCCCCCACAUGGAAGCACGACAGGGGGAGGUACAAGGGCUGGUCUUUUCAGAACCCCAAUAUCUGGGGGAGUACAAAAUGCAACUUCUGCUCACGGCUUGCCCAGGCCAGCCUUAGCAGUUCGAAACUUAAUGGAGCAGGCUAGGUUUGCUCACUUGUGUACCAUGAUGUCACAAAUGCACCACCGGAGGAAUGGUUAUCCAUUUGGUUCACUCGUUGAUUUUGUUCAAGAUCCUAUGGGACAUCCAAUAUUUUCACUUUCACCAUUGGCCAUACACACACGAAAUUUGAUAGCCAAUCCAAGGUGCACUAUAGUAGUACAGAUUCCAGGAUGGGAUAGCUUAUCAAAUGCAAGGGUAACAAUCUUUGGCGAUGUCUACCCCCUUCCAGAUGACCUGCAGGAAUGGGCUCAUGAACAGCACAUAGCAAAGCAUCAUCAAGGGCCUUCUCAACAGUGGGGAAACUUCUACUACUUCAGGAUGCAGAAUAUAAACGAUAUAUAUUUCGUUGGAGGCUUUGGAACUGUUGCUUGGGUUGAUGUUAAAGAAUAUGAAGCCAUUCAACCUGAUAAGAUUGCAGUCGAUGGGGGUGAACAAAAUCUCAAGGUUCUUAAUGCAAUCUUUUCGAAGCCCUUGAAAGAGCUUUUGUCCAAGGAAGCUGAUGUAGACGAUGCUGCUCUUAUAUCGAUAGACAGCAAAGGAACUGAUAUCCGUGUCCGUCAAGGUGCACAGUAUAACGUACAAAGAAUAUCAUUUGAUGUUGUGCAUUCUGUUGAGACACUAGAAGACGCUAAGGAAGCUCUUUCAACUCUAAUAAAUCGAGUUCGGGUUCAGAAUUUGCAAAAAUAAGUUGCAAGUUCCUUUAUCGUUUUUAUCUUAUGGAGAAUUCAUCACGGGAAUGCAAAUUUGUAGAAUUAUGCACUUGAAUAAUAGCAAGUUGUGAAUAAGUAACGUCAUAAAAUUAUAGGCAUCUCUCUUCAAGUUUUGGAGUGGGAUUAUGAGCACAUCUUUUUGAUAGAUUGUUCUUGGAAUGUUUUUAAUUCAUUCCCCACUGUCUGUCUAACAGAAUUAUGGUAUUUACCUCAAAUUGAUGGUCUCAUUGGGUGAGGAAUGGAAAGAUACAUAUUCUUAA